AGUGUAUGUAUAUUUUCGUGAGUGCUGUUCUGUGGUGCUGUUUUCUUUCGUAAAUAACAAACAAACCCUUGUUUAAAUAAAGUUAAACAUCUAUAAUGGGCGAAGAGGACGAAUACGCGUGUGUAAAUAAAGCACAGUUAAGAAUCAAGGACAACUCUGGUAUCAAGAAAAAGAAGAAGAAGAAAGCUAACAAGGACACUGAGAAACUAAUGGAAAACGAAGUAAAACAACAAGUGAAGCAACAAACUAACACCGUCGUCAACACGAAAACAAAAGCUGAAAUGGCAUUCCAAAAGAUGCAAGAAAAAAUGCAAAAGCAGAGGAUACAACAGAAAGCCGAGAUGACCCACAAACAAAGAGUUGAAAAGUUUAACCAACACCUGGACAGUCUGACUGAACACUUUGAUAUACCUAAAGUAUCUUGGACUAAAUAAAUUGUUACUGGAACCAUGUUCAUGUACCUUAUUAAUUUAUUUAUGAAUAAUGAUUGACAAAUAUGUUCUUUGAUUGCUAAGAUAUUGUUAACUGCAACUAGUGUUAACUGAGUAUUCUCAUAGUAUGGUUAUCUGCAAUCAAUAAUGUAAUAAAUAAGAAACAAAAUAAAAAUAUGUCCUUUUUCUAACA